AUGACUGUUGUGCUCUUCUUUGCAGCUCCUUCACUAAUCUUCGCUAUCACAGUGAGUUCACCAGCAGAGCUCCAUGCAUCCACAGGAGACACUGUCACACUGUCCUGCACUUUCACUUCCACAAGCCGACCCACCAGCAAAAUGACUGUCGACUGGUCCUACAGACCCCAAACUGGAGGGCCGCCACAGACUUUCUUCCACUUCUCUUCACGUGCCUUCCCUCCUGUAGAGGGCCAGUUCAGUGGGCGGAUUCAGUGGCGAGGAAGCCCAGCAAGGGGGGAAGCCUCCAUCUCUCUGAUCAAUUCCACACUGAAUGAUAAUGGCACCUACACAUGCUCAGUCAGAAAUCCGCCAGAUGUCCAUGGGAACCCUAACUCUCAUAUAGUACUCACUGUCACACCAAAGGUGCCCAGCCUUCGCUUCUCAGAUGUUGCAGUCCUCCUGUUUUUCAUCCUCAUCCCUUCCACCGUUAUUACCCUCAUUCUGAUUGGUCAAAUGCUCUGCCCCAAGAGAGAGCGCAGCCAAUCCCAGGGCUACAGAUCAGCCAUAGAGGUCGCAGAUGGAGAGGAGUAUGACAACGGUCUAGUGGGGAGCAAGCACAAGGGGGCCACAUGCUGUGACCUAGCUCUGACGGACUCUGAGUAUGAAUACGACUACAACAUGAAACAGUUCUCACCGACAACUGAAGGUUAUGCUGACUCUCGUUGCUAG